AUGACGUCCGGGUCAUAGCAGCGCAUAAUUUAUUUUGAUUUUAAUGUUUAUUGAAUGAGCAAUACUCGUUUCAGAUAUUUGAGAUACUGAUCAACUUUGAGAGAUACAGAAGGUCCACAGUUUGCAAAGACAACACUCUGGUUGUUGAAUCAUGUCAGCUGAGGUGUCAACAACUCUCUCACCUGACGACAACCCAGACGCUACCUACACCAGCUUCUCUAACCCCAAUUAUUUCUUCAAUCGAACCCAGCAACACAACAACAACAACAACGACCACACCACCCUUAACGGCAAUACAAAUGGAAUAUCCGUAGAAAAACUCUCCCUGCGCUCUGAGUACUUUGAUGGCCACGGAGCUUUCAGUGACUACUCCUCUUGUGAGCCUACCCCCACCACCCCAGACCGCACCCUCAUCCUGCAGAAGCUGCACUCCCCCUCUGACGACGAGGAUGACGACUACGCUGAGGAUAAAAUUCCCCUGACAAAGAGUGAGACAGACAGCGACAGCAGCAACUGUGAUGAGCCCAGAGUCUACUAUGGUGUGGGCUCCCAGGUCAAGAGGUCACGGGGGAUCUUGGGAUACCUGGAGAUGUUGGAGCAGCAGGCACUGGAGCGGGAGGCCAGGAAGCUGAAUGGGGAGGUGGAGGAUGAGGACGGGGAGCCCAGUGAUAGGAGGGAGGAGGAUGAGGGGGAGGAGGAGGGGCCAAAGACUCUACAGGGAGGGGAUCAGCCUAUUGAGCCACCCAUCAGUGACAAAUUUGACCACGGCACUGAGAUUAACUCCCCUGAUUCCAAUGACAGUGGUAUCCAGGCUGGAGAUAAGACGCCCAUCCUUUCACCAGAGACUCCUGGCGCCCAUGUGCCACCACCUAUUGAGGAGACCCCACCAGUGAAAGAGAAGGAAGUUUUACCUGAGGGCUGGCAGAAACAUGAAGAUGAUGAUGGUCCCUACUACUGGCAUGUAAAAAGUGGAACCAUCCAGAGAGACCCUCCACCCCCAGCACCACCAGAUGGUCCUGCUCUCUGCUCACCACGAUCUAUUUCCCUCACCUCAGAAUCUAGCUCCAGCACUGCAGGAUCAAUCCCAUCUACCCCCACAAGUGUCAGCUCUGGUACUGAGCGACACCUGGCAGAAUUUGAAGGUCACGCACUGCAGUAUGCUGCCAAGUCACUACAGUCCUUGUCCACAUUCACUGAGAAGAAAAGUCUGGAGGCAAGUUCUGAGAAAGCUGUUCGCUUUGCUGUGCGCUCCCUGGGGUGGGUGAAGAUAGCUGAAGAGGACCUGACGCCAGAGCGCAGCAGUAAGGCUGUCAACAAGUGCAUUGUGGAUCUUUCCCUGGGUCGCAAUGACAUCAAUGAUGCUGUUGGCAGAUGGGGUGAUGGCAAGGACCUGUUCAUGGACCUGGACAACACAAGUCUGAGGCUGGUGGACCCAGUGGAUGGCGUGGUCCUCAACUCUCAGCCCAUCCACUCCAUCAGGGUCUGGGGUGUUGGCAGGGACAAUGGGAGGGACUUUGCAUACGUGGCCCGUGACCGAGGCACCCGGAUGCACAUGUGUCACGUGUUCCACUGUGACAUGCCAGCCCGCCAGAUUGCCAACACGCUGCGAGACAUCUGCAAGAAGAUCAUGCUGGAGCGCAGCCUGCACCAGUCCGCUGUGGCCAGGCUCAUGCGGCCCACAGACCUGCCCAAUCUGGACAAAGUUGGACAGCCCAAUGGGGAGAAGCUAUCAUUCCAAAACCUCUAUAACAAUGCCAGAUUCCCCACCCCAAUGGAGGAACCACGCAAGGUCAUCAGGUGCCAUUACCUGGGUAUACAGGAGGUGAUGAGACCCACAGGACGAGACAUCCUAAACGAAGCCAUACAGUACCUGUACUACCGCGUCCCCCCAGAGAAGUGGAAGUUUGUCAAUGUGGCCAUCGCACCGUCAACCAUCACAGUCACAGAACAUGGGAAUCCUGAUGGGAUCAUUGAAGAGUGUCGUGUCAGGUUCCUGUCCUUCAUGGGGAUAGCUGUGGACAAUGUCAAGCUGUGUGCAUUCAUCAUGCACAACUCACAGAACAAAUUCUUGUGCCAUGUGUUCCAUUGUGAGCCUAGUGCUGGACCAAUGUGUAAGACCAUAGAGGCUGCGUGUAAGCUGCGCUACCAGAAGUGUUUAGACGCCCACCCCCAGACACCAAAAGGUGGACUUCAAGGGAAGAAUGUAGGGGAAGUUCUAAGUGCAGGAUUCAAGGCAGGAGUUCAAGGGUUGAAGGUCGGAGUUCAGGAGGUCAAGUCUGGAGCUGUACACGGGGUUAUGGGAGUUCUGAAUUUAUUCAAGGGAAAAAUGGGUUCUAGAUCCAAUGAGUCCUGAUGGUUACUGCCCCUUAGUAUAUUGUAUAGAGCCUGAGAACCAGCAUCAAACAGAGCAUUCAGUGUGUCUGGGGUUCUGUCACCCAGCUAGCCUCACCUAAAUAGGCAGAUGUCAAGCAGGUCCUGCAUCAACUGAUGGUGGAACAUUCUGGAAAUUUGCUGUCCUCGUACGAAAAGAUUACAGCCAGUCCACUGCUUUGGUGAAAAUCAAAAGAUUGAAAUUUUUGGACCUGGAUUUUUAAGAUGAUUUGUUUUUUAAAUGUGGAUUAUGUAAAUUAAUUACUUGUGCAAUUGAAAUUAAGGAUAAUUUUAGUCCUGGUUCCUGAUUGAUAUUUUCUCACUUAAUUCGCUUUGUCUAGAUUAUUUCCUAGUUAAGUGUUGAAUAUAGCAAUUUUUAUUUUACCAUAAAUGAGAUUCUUUAGUAGCACAUAUUUUUUUGGCCAGAAUAUACUAUAGUUGAGGCAUUAUCUGGCAAUGUUUAUUUUUACACAAUGAUUUAAUGGGUUUUAACAUUUUUAACAAACAUACUGUUAUAUUUUCCAAAUUUUUCAGUUAUUUUAAUCUGUAUUUUUAUUCUGAGGUUGUUACUGUUUUUAAAAACAAAAGACAGAAAGAUUUGUUAAUCUCAAAUCUUGUCAUUCCAUGGGCUGUGUUGUGUUCUGUGGCGGAGUCUGGUUA